AUGUUGUUGACCAAGCCGAGUCCCAUUUUGUGCCAGGCACCCCGUCCGCAGCUGAGGGGUCAGACCGCUCACAGUUCGAGUCUACAAUGUCGUGAACCACAUCCAGAUCGCGCACCCCGCGAAUUUACGGCUGCGGUUCGCUCAUGUUGUCAUGUACCGGAGAGCCUGGAGUGGAAGCGGUCUAAGUACCGCUUGACGCACAUGGGCAUUAAGGAAGUGGACGAGUUAAUGGAGCAGUUCCUGGCGGCCCUCAAGAGCCUGAUCGCCGAUGAAUCUACUCGCGACCGUGUGAGUGUCUACAUGACCCAACUAGCGGAGACGGAAACCCAGACCAUCUGGGGCGUUUUGUUUAAUCAAGAGCCAGUGACCGACCCAGCCCUGCUGGAGAACCCCUUUUUUAAAACGCUAGUAGAAUAUAUCCGAAGACCCCAAUAG